UCUCUUUCGAAAAAUAAAAUAAGACCCUUGUGAGCAGUGAGAACUUCACUAUUGUAUAUAUAGUUUUCUCAUCACACAGCUCAAAUUUACAAUAAAUGUUUAUAAAGUUAAAACUACCAAAAACAAAUCCAUGGUGGAGCUUAGGCGUUCCUUGUCCUUGGUUUCAACCUUCCUCAUCCUCUUUUGUACUUCGACCACAGCCCAGCCACCAGCCCCUAGGCGUUCCCGGACUCGGGCCUACAUCGAAGUAUCAUGUCAGAUCACCGAGUACCCGGACCUCUGCAUCCGAAGCCUGACUGCAUACAUCCACGGCGCUAACGCUACCAUACUAAGCCCUCGCAAACUAGUCCACUACGCCUUGUUGGCGAGUCAGCACCGGGCGCAACACACAAGGGCCUUCCUUCUCCAAGUGUCCAAGCCGCUCAAGGCCAAGAAGGACCAAGAAUACCAAGCCGUGAAAGACUGCCUAGAACAAAUAGACAUGAGCGUGGACCAGCUCAGCAUGUCUAUCAAGGAGCUCCGCCAACUGGGUCGUGAGGAAGCGACGCCGUCGCCGUCCAGAGACGACGUCGUUUGGCACAUAAGUAAUAUGGAGACUUGGGUUGGGUCUGCUUUGACGGAUGCGACCACUUGCCUUGAUGAGUUUCCUGGGGGCGUGAGAAUGAGUAGGAUGAAGGCUACGGUUAAGGCAAAGGUGUUGAAUGUGGCUCAGGUCACUGGAAACGCCCUGUCCUUGUUUCACCACUUUGUUGUAAGGUAUCGAGUCCCUGGUUCCCCCAAGAAGCCUUAGUAUUUUGCUUUUGAUCGAUGAACUUACUAUAAGCCAUAGUAUAAGUCUAUACUAACUAGCUCUAAAUUAAUCUGUUAUGUUCUUAAGGAUGAAUACUUUUUCUCUUAAUUAAUUUGGUGACGGUUUUUAAUGUAAUAUAUAUUUAUUGAGUUUA